CUUAAAUUCUAAUAUCGGAUUAACUGAUGGAUCAAUAAGCAAUUUUACAGCUUUAUGUCGUUCACUAUAAAAACAGCAACUCCUUCCACGUUUUUCUCUGUUUGUUCAAUGGAUGCCACCAGAUUCAUAGUGAUCCUAACCACUGUCGUCCUGGUCCAGACCGCCACAUCUUUUAGAUACAAAGUUCAGCUGGACACUGAGAGGGACCUGGUUUUAAGAUGGGGGGUCAGCUACAACUCGGAAAGAAUCUAUUUCGAAUUAAGCGGCAAAGUUUUACCUGACCAGUGGCUAGCUUUCGGAUUUUCGGACUAUGGCGAAGUGGAGGGUGCAGAUUUGGCCGUUGUGGACUUCCAGUCUUAUAAAGUACAUCUCAGGGACUGCUGGACAGAUGACAACGCUUUGCUGUGGAUGGAUUACCGACAAAACUAUGAAAUAACGGACUGGAAAUGGCAAAACAACAAAAUUAUGGUUAGAUUUCACAGGAAAUUUGAAACUUGUGAUGACAACGAUUACACGAUCGAUACAGGUACUACUCACAUUAUUUUUGGUGUGGGGAACGAUAUUCCGAGAUUUGGACAUCCCCUGCCAUAUUCGGUAAAGUUCGGUCUUCAGAGAGUCCAACUCCUAAAACCCGAUCUCCCCGAACCCGACAUACCUUCAGAUACCUGGUACUUCGACAUUGUUAACCCAAAUAUAACCAUUCCAGCCAAGGAGACGACUUAUUGGUGGUGUGUAACGAAACUCCCAAGACUUCCCGAAAAGCACCACAUUAUAAUGUACGAGGGCAUCAUUACAGACGCAAGUGUCGGACUCGUUCAUCAUAUUGAAGUUUUCCACUGUCAGCUGAGUCCCCAUGAGACAGUGACGUCAUAUAAUGGCCCAGGGAUGGCCGAAGGCAAACCCCCUGAGUUAGCAGCAUGUCGAGAGGUCAUCGGAGCCUGGGCUAUGGGUGCAUCGGCCAUGUUCCUACCAAACGAGGCAGGGACGGCGGUGGGAGGUCCGUCCAGAUCUCGCUAUGUCCUUCUAGAGGUCCAUCUAAACAAUCCAGACUUGAAAAGGGGAGUCGUGGAUUCCUCUGGAAUACGAUUUCACGUCACAAAACACCUGAGGAGGUAUGAUUCUGGGAUCAUGGAGUUAGGUCUGGAAUACACCAACAAGAUGGCCGUCCCUCCCAAGCAGGCAAUGUUUACACUGCCAGGUUACUGCAUAGCAGACUGUACCGAGAUUGCGUUACCACCCAAUGGUAUUCGAGUUUACGCCUCCCAGCUCCAUACUCACCUGACUGGAAAGCAGGUUUUCACAAAACACAUCAGGAGGGGGGUCGAACUGCUGGAGCUUAACAGAGACAAUCACUACAGCCCACACUUCCAGGAAAUCCGUACGCUUCCCCGACAUGUCCACGUGCUUCCGGGUGAUGCUUUGAUUACUUCCUGUGUAGACGGAACUUUGAACAGAUCGGCGGUCACGUUGGGUGGUUUUUCUAUACAAGAGGAGAUGUGUGUAAAUUACAUUCACUAUUACCCACGAUGUAAUCUGGAGGUCUGCAAAAGUUCCAUAUCAGAUCAGGCCCUAACUCACUUCUUCCAGUUUGCAAAUGCAAUUAAUAAAACUUACGACACCGGAUUACGGUAUCAGUCGGUCAGCUGGACUCCCACCAUAGUGAGGUCAUUAGAGCUGUUCUACAAAAACGCGCCAAUAUCCAUGCAGUGUAACAAAUCGGACGGGAGCAGGUUCCGGGGAGACUGGAGCAGCAAAACCAUUCCUAGCAUACUUCUGCCGUACAACACGGAACACACUGACUGUAACAAAGAUAUAUCAUGGCUUUAGUAGCAAACCUUCAUCAAUAAAAUAUUUACAUUUAUA